GGCCACUGUUGAGGGCAAAUAUUCACAUUACUGACCAUCACUUCACUUCAUCCUACAGAGGGCCAAGGCCAUACCAGGGCAUACGGAAUGAGGGUGGUACUCGCUGUCGCCGCCCUUGUGGCCAUGGCCGUUGCCGCCAUUGUCUCUCAGGAGGAGCUGGAAUUUCAUAACUGGAAACAGGAGCAUGGUAAGAGUUAUGAUUCUGAGGAAGAAGAGUCUGAGCGUAAGAUGAUCUGGCUGAACAAUCGUAAGCUGGUCCUGGAGCACAACAUGCUGGCUGACCAGGGUCUCAAAAGCUACAGACUCGGCAUGAACAUAUUUGCAGACAUGGAAAACCAGGAGUUCCAGGCCAUGUUUAGCAACUGCGUGGAAUCCCUCAAUGACACUGACACUGACUCCCUCUGUACCUCUACAUUCGUCCCGGAAAAAGAAGGCAGUGCUCUGCCCUGCAGAGUGGACUGGAGGAGGAAGGGCUAUGUGACGGACGUGAAGAACCAGAGGAACUGUGGCUCCUGCUGGGCCUUCAGUGCGACCGGGUCACUAGAGGGUCAGAUGUUCCGGAAAACCAGGAGGCUGAUAUCCCUGAGUGAACAACAGCUGGUUGAUUGCUCCCGGUGUUUUGGAAACCAUGGCUGUAAUGGUGGUUUGGCAAUCUGGGCCUUUAAUUACAUCAGGUCCAGCAAAGGCCUGGAGGCGGAUUUUACCUAUCCCUAUAAGGCCCAGGACAGAAGAUGCCACUUUAAUCCAUGGAAGGUUAGGGCUACCUGUCGUGGCACCGUGUGCCUGCCCAGAGGAAAUGAGAUAGCACUGAAGAUUGCAGUCGCCAGAGUCGGACCCAUUUCAGUAUCCAUAGACGCCUCCAAACACACCUUCCAGCUCUACAAGUCAGGUGUGUAUGACGAGCCGCGCUGCAGUAACAAUCGCCUGAACCAUGCCGUCCUGCUCGUUGGUUAUGGUCGAAUUCGAAACAGGAACAGAAAGCAAUACUGGCUGGUGAAGAACAGCUGGGGAACUAGGUGGGGUGAGAACGGCUACAUAAGGAUGUCCAGGAACAAGAUGAACCAGUGCGGCAUUGCCAAAAGACCUGUUUACCCUCUAGUUUAAAGCUUGGAGAAAAGGCCAAAGGUCUGAUCAAUCUGAAGUCUUCAGUCUGACUGGAAUUUAUUUUUCUUAUGCAGCAGCUUAAAAGUAAAAUAUAAAAAGAUUACAAAAACAAAAAGCUAAUUCUGAUUUUUUUUUGUGUUUUUAAAAGAAAAUGCAGCAUUAUUUGUCAGACCAUAAGAAGAGACCCUAUACUCUUUCAAAAAAACUUUUAAAACUAUAAUAAACACUUAGCAUUC